UGGACUUUGCUUUGACCGGGGAGAACUACAGUAACGCCUCUCGUGUGUGAUAAAGAAGCCGGGCGGCCAGAAAAGAUAUAAAUCCUCAGGACGUCCUUCUUGCUGUUGGGAGACUUUUGAUGGAUUAUUAGUCAGUCCUGCCUGGUGACUGACGGAGCAUAUUUAGGAAAAGAUGGUCGGUCUCAAACCCUCAGACGUCCCGCCUCCUCUCGCCGUGAAGAUGGCGAGCGCUGGGGCGGCGGCGUGCAUCGCCGACCUCGUCACGUUCCCGCUGGACACGGCCAAAGUCAGACUGCAGGUCCAAGGCGAGAAGGCGGUGGAGGCGACCAAGAACAUUCGCUACAGAGGCGUGUUCGGCACCAUCAGCACCAUGGUCCGCACUGAGGGGCCCAGGUCUUUGUACAACGGCCUGGUGGCGGGUCUGCAGAGGCAGGUGUGCUUCGCCUCCGUUAGGAUCGGUCUCUAUGACAACGUCAGGGACUUCUACACCGGAGGAGCCCAGAAUCCAGGAGUGUUGAUGCGUAUCCUGGCCGGCUGCACGACGGGCGCCAUGGCGGUGUCGUUCGCUCAGCCCACAGACGUGGUGAAAGUGAGGUUCCAAGCGCAGGUGAACUUGGACGGCGUUGCUCGGCGCUACAGCGGCACCAUGCAGGCCUACAAACACAUCUUCCAAAACGAGGGCCUGCGCGGACUCUGGAAAGGAACUCUACCCAACAUCACAAGAAAUGCGCUGGUUAACUGCACAGAGCUGGUGACCUACGACCUCAUCAAAGAGGCUAUCCUGCGACACAAGCUCAUGUCAGACAAUCUUCCGUGUCAUUUUGUGUCCGCCUUCGGCGCCGGCUUUGUUACCACGGUGAUCGCCUCCCCGGUGGACGUGGUAAAAACCAGGUACAUGAACUCACCGCCGGGUCAGUACAAGAGCGCCAUCAACUGCGCCUGGACCAUGAUGACCAAAGAGGGGCCUACCGCGUUCUACAAGGGUUUCGUACCAUCCUUCCUGAGGCUGGGCUCGUGGAACGUCGUGAUGUUCGUCUCCUUUGAGCAAAUUAAGCGGGGCAUGAUGGUCACCAAGAAGAGGUUUGAGGGCUCUAACUGAGCCUGGCGGUGGAGGGAACGCACCGGGUGCUAUAUUAGGCACACCUGCGGGGGGGGGGGGCGGAGAAGCCAUUUUUGUUCCGUCCCUGUGAAUUAUUUCUAGUGUAUAAUAUUGGAUGGCGCAGGUGUGCCCGCCGAAAAACUGCACUUUAACUUUAACAAGACAAACUUCAGGCAGCUGAAGUACUCACGGUGUCACAACAUGUUUAUAAGCAUCCUAAAUAUAUCAGUGUACAUAUCUGACCUGUGUGCUUCUUCUACGUCAAAGUGUGUUUAAUAGUUGAAGUGGCUACAUCACGCUUUUAACAACCACAAACAAACAAAAAGCAUUAGUCACAUUAUAUCAAAAUCCUGAGCUGACCAACUUAAAGUGUUUACGUUAUUUGACAUUUUUCAACGUGUCUUUGGACCACAAUAUUAGCCUUGUGGCUGCUGCCUCGUUAAAAGAGCUGAACAACUCACCGCCGCGGCCGCCGUCCUCGCCACGUCUAAACAUGGAAUGUUUGUGCUUCCUUCUGGGUGUUGCGUAUCACAUGGAUGAGAGCGUGAGAGACACGUCGGGGUCCUUCAGAUGCGUCUGGACAACGUUGUGGAAUUUUUCCCUGUACUGGUUGAACAACAUGAUGCUUUCCGGCUCCUCGGCGAUCCAGAAUUUGUCAAACUCAAACGCCAGGUAGC